AUGAACGCAAAAGAAGAAUGGAGAGAACGAGAGGAGUGUCUCAAGACGCUUUUUGAAGAGGAGAAAACAUUGAGGACAGCAGAACAAGCUAAAAGAGAGAAGCUGGAAAAACAAGUUGCGGAGCUCAUCAACACACUAGAGGCAAUGCAAGGUGAGACGAGGAAGGAAAGGAGGCCUCCGAGCCCGCACAUGACGCAAGAAGGGGAGGGGAGGAUACAGGAGACAGACCGGGUCAAGCAAAAGGGAUGGAUGGCACCCCUGACAGAUCAACGAAACCCCCAGGUCGGAAACGGAACCCCAAAAAGGGUAGACGAGGACAGCGAAGCGACAGUCCAGAACGGGGAGAAGGCAAUCAGGGUAGAAAAUGAAGGAACGACAGACACUGAGGAAGUGACAAGCAUGGACACAGACAGACGAACAACCCUGGGGCAAGGACAACAGGAGCGAUUUGAGGGGGUGCAUGCUCAGCUAGCUGAGUUAGUGAGGCAAUCGGAGGCAGACAGGACUGUGAUUAGCCUCCUCGCGCAGCGGAUAGAGAGUCUAGAGAACGAGAGGCAGAUCGAGGCAGCGAGGUACACGAGAUUGGAGAGGAGGAUGGAGAUGCAAGUUAAAGAACCGACAGAAAUUGAGGAAGAGGACACGGUGCCGGAGGUGAAGGGAGAAAGCAUAGUGCCAACGACAGCCGGCCAAGAACAAGCCCAGGACAACAUGAUAUCACCAGGGCGCCAGGAGGACAAGGCGACAUCACCAGGGUGCAAGGGGAGAGACGGGGUCGAGCUUGUCGGCAGCUGGAAUAAGAGGGACAGGGAAAGGAAGGCAAAAGAUAGCCAGGAGCACUCGGCAAAGUCGAGUAACAACGGAGAGCAGAGAUCAGCCGGAGUCCCUGUCCACCUCACAGAACCAAGACGGACUCGAGUCCCUACCCAGCCCACAGAGCAGAAGAGGGCAGGGUCGACACCAAUGAGACCACCAAAGGGGGUCAAGAGAGAAGUCAUUGUGGCAGGAGAUGGAAAUGUGGGAAGAUUUGCGUCGGCGCUGGUCCAGGAAGUGGGGGUGAAGGACAGUGUUGAAUUUCUCUACCAAAGGGCAGCGACCGUGGACCAGGCUCACGAGGCUAUCCGGGAGUAUGAGGGACAGGCCCGAAAACUCCCUAGGAAAUAUGUGCUCCACUUGGGCCUCAACGAGGUAUUGCAGGGCACAGUUGAAGACCUGACGGCUAAGUUGGAAGAAACAUGGAAAGGACGGGGGGCUGAGCUGGUCAUUUGCUCGAUACCAGAGGUGUCUAGCCGGGGUAAGGAGAUGCAAGCUGGUGCACGGAUACGGGUAAUGUGCGUAAGGAUCAAGGCACGUUUCCUGGACAUGGAGCCGGUACUAAAUCCCAGGUGCUUCACAAAGGAGGGCACGCUGUACUCAAAUGAGGGAGAACAGCGAGUGACAAAGAAGAUUGCGGGUAUGAUAGCCUCUUUUUUAGGGCAGCAGACCCGCCAAAAGACAUCCCAAAAUGCCAGCGAGAGAAGGAAACUACCCAGCGUAGACGUCCUAUGGGAUGUAUUAGAACAACUGGUAAAGAGUCGGCGAAACGAGCAACCCGUGCGAAGUACCGGCCGCAGGCAGUAGCCGGAUGUGAGGGGGAGCGAACAAUGGAGGACGAGAGAGGGAGAAGGGGACCCCCAACAAAUAGUGAAAGAAGGAAACACGGGGGGGCAACAGGUCGGAAAGCCAAAGGGCGAAAUAGGAGAGCGAAGAAAAGGCGGAGAGAAGUAAGGAUGGCUUUUCUAAACAUGCAGGGAGCAAGAAGAGCGGGAAAAUGGGAAGAGGCUUUCCAAAUGCUUCAAGCGGCCGGACGGCAUUGGUGUCUUCGGAGUGGCAGAGACGCAUCUUAGGGAUGAAGAAAGGCCCCCAGAGUGUGAAGGGUGGGUCUGGGAAGGAUGUAACAGAGAGGGUAAAGGGAGGAGAGGGGUGGGGUGGCGUUUUUCAAUGGGCCAGGAUAGCAGAGACAGAGCCCAGAGUGUCAAGAACACUUGUGGAUGACGGGGAGAAUAGCAGGGCAAGAGGUGGCAGUUUUAGUGGUCUAUUUGUGGACCGGGACAUG